GCUUUGUUUCCAACUGAGUUGGGUCCAUGACCGGGUCCUCACAUCCCGAACAUGAUUCAGUCAUUCGCCGUCUGGUUCUUGAUUGCCCUCGCACUGCGUUGCACCUGUGUCGGGGUGCCCAUGUGUCCGACUGGAUGGCAGGACUACAACAAUCACUGUUACUUCUUUGGAACAUACAGUAAAUCCUGGACCCAGGCUGAGGACUAUUGUGUGUCCAAGGGAGGCCACCUGGCGAGCAUUAGGGACCAACGGGAGCGGGACUGGCUGGCGCAGCAAAGAGUGAAAGACCCUGAAAACUGGAUUGGCCUGCGACGUGCGAUGCCUGGGAGCAGCGUGUGGCAGUGGACAGACGGAACACAAUUCUCCUACUCGGCCUGGGAACCCAAGCAGCCAGACUACCACAAGGGACUGGAGAACUGCGGUGAGAUGCGGCGGAGUUUUGGUGGUCGCUGGAACGACGACGACUGUAACGCUUACCAGGGCUACAUCUGCAAGCUGCCCAGGAGCUUGGGCAUAGGCAUGUGCGCAAAUGCCACCAAUGGGGCAUCGUGUUCCUCUCAGGACGUGACGUGCGAGUGCCAGCUCUCCAUGAAAUUCAGCAAGACGGGCGGCUUCCAAGGUGUCUUCGGCGGUCUCAGCGUGGGCCGCAAACUCGUCAUCAAGGGACAAUCCACUCCUCAAGCAACCAAUCUGGUGAUCAACUUGGAGGUGCGUGAGAGCAGCGGCAAGAAGACGGGCGGCACGGCGCUGCACCUGAACUUGGACUUUGGCACCAAGAGCUUCACUGUCAACACCAAAGUCAGCGACAAGUGGGGCAGCAAGCUGACCGGGACCCUUGCCCAGCAACGCCCCUUCGGAGCAGGUCUCGCCUUCGAGAUUGUCAUAAAGUGUGGCAGUGGCGCUUUCCAGUUGACCUUCAACGGCGAGCGCCAGCAGGACUUUGAUUAUCAAAUUCAGGACCUGCAAAGCAUCAACUGGCUGUUGGUGUGGCAAGUGACGCAGAACCACGUCCGGCUGAUGUGA